GACAGGUGCUAAAUAUAAGUCGGUCGGGCACAAGGUUGUUGACAGUUUCUGCAUGAAAUCAGUGUCCUGGUUUUAGCGGGAAAAUAGGGACUAAAUCAUGUCAGAAAAAUGCAACUACGCGUUGAAAAGACCAAAAACCCAACUUUAAUUGGAGUGUAUCUUCAAAGACUUCCCCUUAUCAGAACCUUCGAAAUCUGAAAACCUUCUGUAGGGAGGACAGAUGUGAGCUGAGGUGCAGUGGAAAACCAGGACAUGAGUUUGUUUGGUCAGCUGUGUGUACUGCUGUGAAGAUGACCUCACAGUGCAUUUGGUUCAUGAGCACAGUGUGAUUUGAAGUCACACAAACACUGACGAGGGCUCAGUCCUGCUAUGGCCACCACCACCACAGAGGAGACUUCUGGGGUUUCUCAGGACACCAUAGCACCUCAGCAGCCCGAACUAGGAAGUAACAUAGAACAUGACUCAGCAGCAAAGCCUGACCCCAAAGGGGCCCAACAUGACAAAAAGGAAAAGGAGGAAGCUGAGAAUGGAGGAGCAAGUUCUGCUGUGCAGAAGGAUACAACAAGGCCAACUCUGGAUCCAGAGUGGGUGGAAGAAAGAUUCAGGAUUGACAGGAAAAAGCUCGAAUCCAUGUUAUAUGCUCCUAAGAGUGAAGACAGGGAGACAGGAGAGGAGUUUUUUGAGAGAGUGAUGCGAGAAACUAACACUCAGGUGAAAUGGCCAUCCAAGCUGAAGAUAGGAGCAAAGUCAAAAAAAGAUCCACAUGUGAAAGUGGAAGGUAAACCAGCCGGUGUCAUAGAAGCCAAAAUGAAGAUUCUUGAAGUACUGGAAACCAAGGUAAACAAAGUAACUCUGAAAAUGGACGUGGCCUACACAGAACACUCCCAUGUGAUUGGAAAAGGUGGAGGGAACAUCAAAAAGGUGAUGGAUGCCACAUCCUGUCACAUCCACUUCCCUGACUCCAACCGUCACAACAGUGCAGGAGAAAAAAGCAACCAGGUUUCAAUUGCUGGACCCAUAGAUGGGGUGGAGGAUGCCAGGAGGAGGAUUAGAGACCUCCAACCACUGUCACUGACUUUUGAUCUGCCGGUGAGUCUGGUACCCCAGGCUCUUCCAGAUGCAGGUUCCCCACUCAUCCAGCAGGUAGUGCAGGCUUUUGGGGUCAGCGUAAAUUUCAGGGCCCUCCCAUUGCAGCCUCAAACCCAAACCUCUUUUUAUGGAAACUGCUGCACCGUCUGGGGACUGCAAGGCAACACGGCCGCUUUAAAGGAGGCGACCUGCAUCCUGAUGGACCUCCUACUGGGUUCAGAGGUUCCAGGUGGGGCAGUAAGCAGCCAACUGGACGUCACCACCCAGCAGCAUCUUUUUCUGUUGGGCCAGAACGGAACACACUUUCUGAGCAUUAUGCAGCAGACUCAGACCCAGAUCAUCCUGCCAGACCUUAGUGCCCCUCAGAGUCCCCCCUCUCUGCUCAUCCAGGGCAGCCCUGAUGGAGUCUGUCUGGCUCGACAGCAGCUCAUGGACUGUCUGCCUGUGUGUCUGAUGUUUGACAUGCGAGAAGAUGGAGCAGCAGAUCCCUGCAUGCUGGCUAAGAUGAUGCAAAAUCUUGGGGUAUUCAUUAGUGUCAAACCAAAAGUGAAGCAGACCAGCAAGUCGGUGGUGGUGAAGGGUCUGGAGCGCAACAUCUCCAAUAUUUAUGAGGCCCGUCGUGCUCUCCUGGGACUUGACUCCUCUGAGCAUGCAAAAAUAAAUGGAGUGAGCCAUGACCCCGUGCUUCCCGGAGGUGGGGUGACCAACUACUGGCUCAACAUGUUGCUACAGCAACUUCGUCUCUCUGAGCAGGGUUCUUUACCUGUGUCAUCCACAGAAAUUGGGUCUGGUGGUAAGCCCCGACUUUCACCUCCUCCAGGACUCGCUCCUUCUCCUGAAGAGUGCAGGUCAGGGCUGAGGGGAACAGACAACCGGCCACUGGAGAAGAUUCUUGAAAACGAGUACCAGUCGGGUCAGUCUGAAGAUGAGGACCCAGAGAUGAGUGAUGCAGCAAACGGCAUCAGCAGGGUUGGGCUGAAUGGUCGAAGAAGGAGCCUGCAAACUCCUGACGUUAACAAGGUUCUGAGCCAGGGCAGAAGGCAUUCAACAGGACAAGCAAUCUCAUACAGACUGUUGAACCCAGAGACAAAGGGAGGGAGGGCUGAGAGGAGGAACAGCCUGAGGAGUGACGUGACUUUGCCUCCAAAUGUCUGUGCUGACUCAUCCAAGGAUGAGGAUUAUGAUUACGAAAAAAAGAAACUACUCGCAACCAGAGCAAUGCAGAGGAAGCCGGUGGUCACUGAGGUCCGCACGCCAACUGAUACCUGGAGUGGCCUCGGUUUCUCCAAGUCAAUGCCAGCUGAAGCUGUCAAGGAACUCCGCACCAUCAACCGCCGUAGCUACAAGCCUUAUCUAAGCACCACCAACAACAAUCAGCAGCAGUCUUGGGCUGCUCAGACGGGAAAGGCGUGUAACGGCAGUAACUCUGAGAACUGGAGAGACAGACGUGGAUCAACAUCUCGUAUUGUUUCUUCCUCUCCGUCCUCCCCCAUCUCACCCCCAGCAACCCUCUCAUCCUCCACCUCUUCUUUUCCUUCAUUUGCAUCCUCAAUGAGCACAAACAGGAGCGACACACCACCGGAGGGUUUUGUAAGCAGCAGCUUCUUUGAAAGUUCUUCAAGGAGGACGUUAACCUGCAGCCAGCAAAGUCCCUCCCCUAGUGUGACAGAUGACUUGCAUGAGUUGCUCAAUCAACUUGGCCUGAUCAAAUACAUUGAUGUGUUUGAGCAACAAGAAAUUGACUAUCAGACAUUCCUCACUUUAUCUGAUGAUGAUCUAAAAGAGGUGGGCGUCUCCACUUUUGGAGCCAGACGUAAAAUGUUAUUAGCCAUUUCAGACCUCAACAAGAGCAAAAGGAGGCUGUCAGAUGCACCGGCAGUAAAGUCCGGCUAUUUGGAGGGAGGUGCGAGCGGUCGGCUCCCUCGAAUCAUAGAUGUGGAUGUUGCAGCUCAGCGUAAUGGAUGGUGAGAGAGGGCGUAAAGCAUCUCUGAGACUCAAUUAAAAAACGUAGACUGUCUUUGACUCUAAGAAAAUGUUGUUUGUUGUGAAAAGUUAAAUGCUUUUUUAUUUUCUAUAAAAAGAGGACAAAAUGCCCCCUGUAAGGUUUAAUGCCAAUAUUUCAGUUUUUCAGCAGCCACAAUCCAAAGUUUUUGUCAUAAUUUUUGUACUCCUUUGAAGUGCCUUUAUAUGCAGAUUACAUGUUUGUGUGUCUUAACGAAGAGUUUGAUGCAACUGUAAAUAGAUUAUUACAUAAUAAACAUGAAAACAGCAUAAUCGUCUUCAAAA